AUGUCUUCUACAGACGAGCCUAUGCCCGUGCUGGAUAUAGCGACUCUGAUUGCGACCGCAACAGCGUACACCGAUGUUUUUAGAACACUAGACACGGAAGCCCUGUCACGCAUCCUCAGCGAUGAGUAUAGCCACAGAUUUGCGCCAGCGUCGGCCAACCUUCCUGGGUCUAUGGAUCGCUAUGGCUUGAUCGCUCGACUGAAUCAGGUCGGAGAGGUCAUGUCUUCGUUCACCGUCAGCAUCAAGCAGAUGUGGCCCAAUCCGUCGCUACGGCAGGUCCUCGUAUGGGCAGCCUCUGAGACCAAUUUUCAUAGAAAAUUGAGGGACAGCGAUGAUGAAGAAGAAUGGACGAAGCGGGGAGAGUACAUGUUUCUGAUGACCAUGAAUGAGAGCGGGGAAAAGAUUGCCGACGUACUCGAGUUUGUGGACAGUAAAGCUACAGAAGAGAUUGUUGAUAUGGUGGGCACGCUGAAGAAGUCAUCGCCUGGUACUUGA